AUGGUGGGCGUGGGUGCGGGUGGCACGCGCUCGGUGCUGGCGCGCGUGAGCGUGGUGGACUACGAGGGAGCCGUGCUGCUGGACCGCUUCGUCCUGCCACAGGAGCGCAUCACGGACUACAGGUCCCACAUCACCGGCAUCACCGCCGCGACGCUCCGGGGCAAGAAUGUGCUCAGCGAGGCCGCUGCGCGGCAGAAGACCGCGGAGGUCCUGGAGGGCAAGGUCGUGGUGGGCCACUCGCUGCAGAACGACUUCCAGGCGCUGAUGCUGUCGCACCCGCACGAGCACAUUCGCGACACGGCCCUGUUCCGGCCGCUGCGGCCACCUGGCCGCGAGAACCGAACGCCGUCGCUGGCUGGGCUGGUGGAGCACUGGUUCCGCGAGAAGAUCCACUCGGGGCAGCACGACUCCGUCGAGGACGCCCGCAUGGCGCUGCGCCUCUACAGGCUGAAGAGCCGCGCAGGUGGGGAAAGCAGAUGCGGAGCGCCAUGCGGAGACACCCCGCCGCCCUCCCGGAGCAGGGUGGCGACGGAGAUCGGGACGAGGGCGAGCGCCUGGAGCGCGCCCCCGAGGAGGCGGCCACGCCGCGGCCGGCCCGGCGCCGGCGCGGGACGGCCGGCGGCGAUGCCGCCGGCGAGGCCGGCGGCGGCGUGGCCGCCGCGGCCGGCGUGGCGAGGAAUCCGGGCAAGAAGAAGCGGGCGCGGGAGGCAAAGCAGGCGAAGAUGCAGCCCGCCAGCGGCGCCGCGGGGCGAGGGCGGAAGAAGAAGAGGCGGCCGGACGCGCAGGAGCUGUAGGUGCCGCCGCGGCCCCUCUGCGCGGGCUGGCGGUGUCGCGAGCCGAAGGGCCCUUCCUCCUGGAGCCAGCUGCUGGCGCGGACUAUUGCUGGCGGGCACGGGCUGUGCAAGUAGCGUGUUUUUUUGCGUUUGA